AUGACUUGUCGGUGGACUUCUGCGGGACCAACCGAGGAAGGCCUGGAAGUCUCUUUCAAGAAGACCACCUGGAUUGCCUCCAGCCCCGAAGUGGAGGCCGCGUUAAAAAAGCAGGCCAAAGACAGUCCGGUCCAAGUGUCGACGGUAGCUAAGGACUUGGGGGUGGCCAACGCGGCUGGCAGAGCUCGGAGGGUGCAAGUCCAGGCAAAGCGCCUUCGCAAAGGGGCCGCGCGUGGCUGCAAGCUGCACUCCCUCAAGGUUGCCAGGACAGCGCACAGGGUGCGCGUCUCAAAAAUGGGAUGCCUCUCCGCUUCCAUCUGGGGGCACCAGGGGCUUGGCCUCAGCCCAAAGCAGUUGAGGGGUCCCCGCACGCACGCGGCCCAGGCGGGCAGGAGGCAGAAGCUUGGCAGCGUCGACGUUGUCUUUAGCCUAGGGGAGGGCAAUUGCUGUGACCCCUUGCGCACCGUUGUCUUGCAGCACUGGCGGACCCUCCACAGGCUCCUCUUCGUCAAAGAGCUCCCUGACAAGUACCAGCGGCUAUGGGAGCUCACCUGGAGCAAGCUUGCCAGGGCCCCCAAGCGUUGGGCCUUGGUCAAAGGCCCUGUUGCGGCAAUGAUAGCGUACCUGCAGGACCAUGGCGUGAAUGCUAGCAAUGUGCAGGAGUGGAAGUUCCCGCCAGGGUCCUUGGGAGGCACGGGCCUCUGGAACUUCGGUGAGGCCAUCACCAUGCAGCCAGGGCCCUCUCUGGCUUUUCGCGUCGAGGAAGGCCUAAGCAGGCUGCUCCAGCACGCGGCCAAUCAGCGCAUUGCUAAACAGGAUGCGGGAGAUGGGGCGGCUGACGGCAUUGACUGGACUGUGCCUAAGCCGCAGACUAAGCAGCCUGGCCAACUCGUCGGGCUCCGCGCUGUGUGGCAGGGCGUCAAUGCCCCCUGUGCAAGAAACCAGCAGGGCUGCGACACGUCAUCCUCGAGUGCCAGUGGUGGCAAGGACGCGCCGAGCCUCAACAGCGAGCAAGCGCGUCCCCAGAUGUCGGGGAUCUGGUCCUCGGCGCUGAAGGUCUUGCCGGCUGGGUGCAGCGUCGUCCAGGGCGAAGCUUUCGCUCUGGCACUCCUCCUCAGGCACACCACCGGGUUGAUUGAUGUCACCGCCGACUGCAAGCCGGCCAUUUUGCAGGCGCAAAGCUCCGGUUUCAAGGCGGCCCACGCCAACAUCUGGGAGGAGGCCUGGGAGGAAAGGCAGCGCCUCUCCAUCACCUGGCAUCCCUCGCAUCGGGAGCCAGCUGAGCACCUGGAGCGUUAUGGGGAUCCGCGCCACUGGCGGGUCAAGAUAAAUGACCUCGCGGACCAGGCCUGCAAGGCAGCGGCAGCUGCGGUCGACGAGCUUGUGGAAGAGGUGUCCCUCUUCCUGGCAAAGCGCGCGUGGCUUCUGCUCGCAGGCUCGGAGGCCCCUCCUCUGGACCUCAAGCCCCGCAACGCCCCGCGCGCCAACCUGCCGCCAAAGCCACGUGCGCAACAGACCUCCGUGUGCACGCUGUUUAUUCAACAGACCCACGCCCCUGAGAUCUUCAGCAGGCUGGAGGCAAUGCCCUGCGCGCAUAGGUGCCAGCAGGGCGCACAAAAGGAGGCGGUCUUACUGGGCGCAGAGGUAGCAGGGCAUGAGGCGCCGGAGUCGACAGGAGACACCCAGGCCGUCCCCACUGCGCCUGGACAAAAGCCCGAAAGUGGCCUGGGCCAGGCCGAGGUUGUGGUCACCACACCUCCUGCUAGCCCAGCGCAAGCGCCGCCACAGUGCCCUCUAGCGGCACUAGCAGGUGACCAAGGCCUCGCAACAGGCGCAACUGACAGGGCACUGAGCCCCACGAGCCCUGCGGACAACCUGGGUGCCGAAGCAGCAGCCCCUGCAGUAGAGCCUGCUCCGGAGGCUGCCACCGAGCCGGCAGCGGAGCAGGGUGCUGCGACGCCUGCGAGGUCGGAUCGCACCUCGUGGUCUCCGCAUGGCUAUGAAUGCCACCCAGACGAUCGCUGCCGUGGUCUCCAAGGGCGCGAGAGGGCUGAUGCACCAAGGCUGGAGCACGCUUCGCUCCACUCCUCGCCUAGUGUGGCCCUGGCGCACACAGCCACCUUGGGCUCCGUGCUGCCAGCAGGCGUGCAAACGCUCCUGCUGCGUGAGGGCACCGGCAGCGCACCUGCUUCUGGCACGGGCCGUGAGCGACGGGCGCUGCCCAGUCUUUUCUCACCAGACCAACUCUGGUGCUACUGCUGUGGCAUCGGUGUCGCAGAGCCGCUCUUGAUGCAGGCCCAUGCCAUGACAGAUCGGCAUGUCUGGAAUGCCAGGGUGUACGUCAGAAGGCACAGGGAAGGCCACCCUGCUCCGUGA